AUGGAUGACGAAGGGAAUUUGAGCAGUGCUGUUCCGACUUUCGAACAAUGGAUGGCAUUUUACAAUGAUACUAAAGAAUUUGAACGAAAAAUUGGUAUCAUUAUACCAUCUAUUUUUGCAAUUAUAAUUGUGGUCGGAAUAGUCGGGAAUCUUCUGGUGGUGGUUGUGGCAUUGAACAGAGCGAUGAGGAACUCAACCAAUACGCUCAUCAUCGGCCUAGCAAUUUCCGAUCUGAUGUUUUUACUGCUUUGCGUACCAUUUACUGCGAUAGACUACGCUCUACCGGUAUGGAUUUUUCCAGAGUGGACAUGCAGUAUGAUUAAUUUCUUCCAGCACAUCUCUGCAUACUGCUCUGUUUGGACGUUGACAUUGAUGGCACUGGAUCGGUACCUUGCUGUCGUGUAUCCAGUCAACUCUUUAACACUACGAUCUCCAAAAAAUACUAUUAUAGCACUGGUUGUUGUCUAUACAAUCAUUGUAGCAACUCAGAUACCAGUUGGACUGAUGCACGGUAUCUACACCUACGAUUUUAUCGUUGAAGAACGAUCCACAUGUGCUAUAGUGAGCAUAGCUACAAACAAUGCCACCCUUACUUUUGUGCGAACAUACUUUAUUACGUUCAAUGUCUUCGGUUACAUAUUACCUCUUGGAAUUUCGGUUGUGUUGUAUUGGCGAAUGUUAAGACGACUCUGGGACACACCACGACCUGGACAAUCCAAUACGAUGAACGGUUCAAUACGAUCGCGGCCCGAAACAAGAAAGGCCAAACGAAAAGUUACUCGACUCGUCCUUUGCGUUCUUGUGAUAUGGGCUGUUUGCUGGUUGCCUUUAAACGUGUGUUUCUUCGUUUCUGGUCUUUCCUAUCCGGAAACGUUAGUUAUGAAGGGUGGUGUUAUAAUGGUCAUUGUUCAGAUAGCUAGUCAGGUCUUAGCAUAUACUAAUUCUUGCCUGAAUCCGAUUCUUUAUGCGUUGAUGUCGGAAAACUUUAGAAAAGGAUUUAUCCGGGUAAUAUGCACUAUUGGGAGAAAGCUGUCAAUGAACACGUGUUGUUUAGAAGACGACAAGCAAAUGCGAUUAGAAUUCACCACAUGUAACAACACGACAGUGACGACUUCAAUCCGACGAUUUCAAACGCCUGGAAAAGGAAAGGGAUUCAGUGAACGAUCAUUACUGCUCCGAGAUCGUGCUGACUCUAAACAGAAGAAAGCGUUUGAAAUGGCACAGAUGCUUAGAUGGCCCGUCUUCACUGGACGUGCGGGCCCCAGCAUCUCUUCCACUCGUUUCGUUCCCUCACCAUUGUCAUCCAAGAUGUUCUCAAGUUUCGUGAGUGACGUUGUCCUUGAGCCGUAUCCAGCUGAGCUCUCAGCUAGUCCAUCCGUGUAG